GAGAAGUACGUAAGUAAUUAUGAUUUUUUUAUUUUACAUGAAAAAAAAAUUUGUUUAUUUUUAUCUGCUCGGUACUAUUUAAAAGGAAACAUCGAAUCUUGGGCAACAUUUCCAGUUCUAAUCGGGUUAUCUGUUUAUUAUUCUUCGAAUAAAAUGCUCGGGAAAUAUAUUUUUUUCUUGCUUAUUGUUUGCACCAUUAGUCAGGUAAAAUGUCAAAAUCCGGGAAAUGAAAGAGAAAAUGGUAUACCACGGUCUUUUAUCGGAGAAAUUCUUAGAUGCGCUGCUGAUCUUAGACGCCAAUUUGCAAAUAUGAUUGAUAAAGUUAUUUUCUCAUUUAAAAACGCAUUAAAAAAUAAUGAUGAAGGACUUUUCGGCGGGUUCAAAAAAAUAUUUGGCAAAAACCGCAUUAUUGAAACUUACCAACCAGAGCAAGACAACGAAGCUGAUGACAUGAAUGUGGAACCACAAGUUGAAGAGUUCACAAACCGACAGUUCCUGAAUCAAAAAUACAAUAGACGUUUUAUGGAUCAAAAUUACAAUGGCCGUCCCAUCAGAAGUGAUUUUAUUUUUAAACUUAUUAGCGACCUCUGCGCAGAAGGAAGAAAUAUCCCUGGAAUAUGUAAUUAAUAAAAUUUAAACUUUUAAGUGACAUAAAAAUAAAAUUUAAAGCAAAUA